AUAGUUUAUACUUUAUUAUUAAAAAAAAACUUGGCUCUAUAUAUAUGGAGAUACGAAGUGGGACUCUUGUACUCCUACACUAAAUUCUCUGAGCUCUUUCACCAAAAAGAGAAUGGUGUGCAGAGCAGAAGAAGCAAUGAAGCAGAGAGGGAUCAUAAAGAGAUGUAAAGAAGAUGAUCGUCAUCAGAAGAAGAAGAUGCAAUCAAUCACAAAUUGCAACAAAGAAAAAAGUUGCAGAUUCAAGCGAAGCACUAGUAAUCUCGAUAACGAUGGAGCUUCCUCAGCCAUCUUCCUCCUAGCUUGCAUCGCCUGCUCAUCCUUCUCUUAUCAUCUCUAACUAUCAACAUAUAUAUCUUAGUUGUAACAGUAUGUCAGCAUCCUCUGUUAAUUACUCUUCAAACUACGUUUAAGUUAGUCAUCUAUAUAUUUGUUGAUUUUAUUGAUACUUUUGUUCAAUAUGAGGUUUUAAAUCUGCACAUUUGCGCAGAGAACUUCUUAAUACUUUGUUUUGUGUUAUAGUUUUUCUAUGUUUUAAUCUAUUUUUUGUUUUGUUUUGUGUUGUAGUCUUUUAUUGUAUUAACGGAAAACAUAUUGAGGAUGCGAAUAAAAGAUUACUGCGUUUGAUUUUCUUUUAUAAAUUACUUUUUUAGUUGUAUAUUGAACAUAUAUAUGAUUAGUCUAUGACUCAAGAUUAA